GUAGUAUCAAAAAAACGUCGAGCAUAGAAUAAGGUUGGUCGUCGACAACGAUUCCGGCGAACUAUGACGGCAGGCGGGUCAUCUUUCCCAAGGGAACAAGUACCCGAAGCAACAGAGGACGAGGAGCCGCGACGGCUAUCGUCCUCGAAGGGCCAGUCCCAACUGCUCACAGCAGCGGAGGUUCUCUGCAGCGAAGAACUAUCGGCGUUUGAAGAAAAUCUCCAAGGUACAGUGGCUUGUGCGGCGCCGACGUCUUCUGUUGUGCAACGCCUGGAUUUCUCGGACAAUGAGGAAGUCAGCGGGACGCUCCUGGUAUCACGCUUGAAAAUCAAACUCCUACUUUGAUGAGAAAACAAAUUGUUGAAUUUACUCUUGUGGCCGGAGCAUCAGCAUGUGCAUGUGUAUCAAUGCUUCUUUCUAGAGGUGACGUAACUGUAGCAACAGACAUCAGCCGACUCAGAUUCCGCUUGAUCCAUGAGAGAAACAACACCCUACCAGGUCACACCAGAAGCCGACGAGACACCAAUUUCUCGUCCGGAUACAACGCCCACAAAUUACGUCGACGCAGGCGACACGACGCCCGUGAAUGCAGAUCUCGCUACGGUCCGGGCAAACGCAAAGAAGCGCAGACGACAAGCGCGGAAAGCGCGCGAACGAGAAAAGAAAGCGGCACUUUUGCUUGAGCAGGGGGCGAGCGCGAGGGGGAACGUCGGUGGAGAAAAACCUCCCGCAAGCACUCCGUCACUCCAUAUCGAGCUUCCAAACGUCGAGGUAACGCUCAACGACGUUGUAGCAGAUGAAAAUCUAGAAGAUGUGAGGCAGUCUUCCGACGGCAUCUCAGCAGAGUCCCCGGACGAAGUCGCGGCGACUGCCUUCACGCAAGAGCUCCUGGCUGAGGUGGGGCGCAUAGUUAGUUCAUUUUUGCAGGACGAUGAAAACUACAAAGCUCCUUCCGCUGAUGCUGCGAAGGAGCAGGGGGUGCAGGCAGACUUCGCAGAUACGGUUUCUGAGCACGAAGAUGUGCUCACCGCAUCGGUGCGAAAUUUGGUGUCGACGCAUGAAGCUGCCACAACUGAAGACGUCACUCCGGACGAACCAAAGGAAGGCGAAAUCGCGGAGGUAACAUCGUCCACCACUGGCUCCAGUACAACGCAGCAGGCACAAGAAAGCGUGCCCGUGUGCGACCGGUUGCAACAGUGGGAGGACCGCAUUCGGAGGAGUCAGAACAGCGUGGCCAGUAGUAGCAGCAGUCCGGACGUGGCGCGCGUAGAGAUCAGCAAGAACAUCACCAUAUCGAGGGGCAAUGGUCGCAGCGAAACUAGUUUUCGCGAUGGCAGGAAGAAAAAAAUUCCCGGGCCAAGGUCAAGUGGAAAGGCGCAAAUACCACCGCACUUGGUGAGACCCGUCGGCGGUGCAGGAGCGCCUUCUGCAGAAGUAACUUCUGCAACAAUGUGGAAUACCCCCGCCAUGUGCAGCAGCACCUUCCAUUCCCCACAAACGGGCGAAAGCGCAGUGCCAGCGAUUGACGACGCCAUCUGUCAGGGAGGCCCCGCAGGACAUGCAGAACAGGAAGAACCGUCGGAGCACGCGGUGGUCGGGGCGAGCCAGAAAAAUAUCAUGACGACUAAUGCGACAGGCACAGGCGCCACUGACAGCGCUGGCGCGCCACAGGUCGUGGACGAGGCCUCCCAUCUGAUGAACGGCUCGACGACCUUUGCGCUUUCAGCGGACUCGACGCCACGACAACUAGCACAAAAGCAAGCGCAAAUGCUGGAUCAAAGCAUGCCGUCACCGUUUGAGCAUCGCUCUGCGUCGAGCUCGGAGACCGUAGUGCAGACUUCGUCGUCGAGUAGCGGAAGCUCCUCGCGGUCCUCGAUGUCACGCUUUCCCGCCCCUGCCGGCGACGACGAGGCGAUUACUACUUUCGUUGUGGCAGCAUCUCCAACUCCGGCUGGCACUUCGACGUCGCGAGAGCCGUCGACUCUUGUUGUGAAUAGUUCCAUUGUGAUCGGGCGGGAGGAGGAAGCAGAUACCGUGCUCGUCGGCUCCUCACGGGACCACGACAUUAUUGGAGAUGCAGUUGUAGUGCAGUCUCGGUCAACAACACCGCCAAAAGCGGAGAGAAAGAUCCUGGAGACGGUAGAGAUAUCUGAGCAUUAUGUUGAAACAUCUCUUGUCCACCUCAGUGCACCCGAAAAACAAAAAGUCGAGUUGGCUGCUCCAGGAGAGGAUGGCGUUUCCCAGUGCAGCGAACAGCUGAGCGAGCUUGGACCCCCUCCUCUACCAAAUGAAGCAGAGAUCCAGCAUGUGGUCGAAGAGGACCCUGAGCCUUGCGUGGAGGAAACCAUGCUGGAAAUGCGGCAAAUGCUCAGCGCUACGUCGCUUUCUGUAAGCGAGCUCGUUCAGGUUGCCGAUGCGGAGCAGGACAUCGCUGCAGCGAAUGAGCCUUCCACGUCCACCACCGGGGCCGAAAUGGAGGCGACGGCAUUUUUGCCACGGGCAACAUCAGUAGACGAGAAAAACAACGAGGAUAGCGGGCUGGGGGAGUUCGCAGAAGACGAGAUUCCCCGCGCGCAUCCGCCAGACAUGACGCUACCGAGCAAUGCUGAUGAGCGGUCUAGUACGACAAGGAUAGCAGUUGUAAGUGGCGAAUUACAACUGCGGCGUGGUUACGAUCCGUUGCCGCGUUCAAGAGCCGCCUCGCGAACAGGCACGAACCUCACCGCGCUGCCGCUCGCUGCCAGCCGCUCCUCAACAGUCGUAGCAGGUGAGGGAAAUAACGUGAACCAGCAGAAGCACGCUCCAACCGUCGAUAGAGAGCUGGUGCGUCGCGUGACCCGUGCUGAAACACUAGCGUCGACAGUGCUGGAGGAUUUUGAAAGAAUGCGAAGUUCGGGCCUGCUGCCAUCGAGUACGAGCCGCUCGUCGCAACUCUCGCGGCACUCGCAACACAACUCGACCGCCGACCUUCUGAGUGCGACGCAGCGGAGCAUCAAGAAAAUGGCCACCGGAGGAGGAAGCGGUGAAUCGUUUACCACAUCAACAGGAGCGCACGAUCAAAAUGUACACGACCCUGAGCACGUGAGCUCAGGUGUUGAUGGCACGAAUUCAGGCUCAUCGACGGGGGCGUCCUCCAAAAACAGCUCAUCGUCCUCGACCAACACGAUAAUUCCGUCCUACGCAUUUCGCGCUCCUUCGCGCAGCCAGGGUAUCGGACAGAACCAGCAGCACCACAUGCAAUCUGGCGCGUCCCUUAGCCGUAGCACCGUGGCCGCCAGCAACAGCUUCAACGUUCGUGUGCGGGAAACGGCGACUAGCAGAGCGCGCCGAUUGUAUAAUCAGGUGGGCGGAAGGAUCAAGUCUCCGCUGUCAAACAGCUCUGCGUCGACGUGCACGACCAGAAGUGGUGGCAUAGCUGCUGCUGGUGGGGCCCGUGCUGCAGCGGGAAAGAUGCAGAAAGGCAGCACAGUGCGAAGUGUCGCGACACCGGGAGGAGGAGUGUUGUCCUCUACCACGAACAAAAGUGGCGCUGCCCCCAUGGAAAGGCGCGGCGUCGACAAACGACGCUUGGAGAAGCUCGCACAGCCGCGCGCGAAAGUCGCGCAGUCAGGAACCGAAGCCGAGAAUCGCGUCGUGCCGCGCACCGGUAGGUACGCGCCGGGCGGUGGCUUUUGCAGCGUCGAGAAGCAAAGAGGAGGGGCGAAAAGCGGAACGCCAGCGAUGGCGAACUCGUUUCUCAACAAGCGGAGUUGUGCUAACAAAAUUAUGGGUAGCUCAACAUACAACGGCAGCUCCGCUUCUUCGGGCUCAGUUUCAUCAACCUCGAACAUGCCAUACGGACAACAGCAGAAUUUCGGAUCUUUCAGCAGUGGAACAGACGGAAGAUUUCUUGACUCGGAAGAGCUUCGAAAAGACACCGACGAUCCAAGUUCCGUAGCGCCGUCGUUCGAGUACGACACGACUCCAAGUUGUGCCUUCAGCGGCCGCCACGACACGAAGUACAAUUUCCGAGGUCCGAUUCCAGCGUCGACGCUGCUCCGAACAAGUUGUCAAUCCUUCCUGCGCGAAAGUACCGAUAUGAAUUUCACGCAGGAACAGCUUUCCGCGCGGGCGCAUCUCGCAUAUAGUCAGGGUGCACCGCAAGGCGGCUACUCGAGCGCCAAGGUCCAGGAAAAAUCCCUGUCGCCGCUCGAAAACAAACGGAAACAAUACGCCACGAGAUUACGCAGUCCGCUGGGGAGUGUUACAGCUGCGCCUCCUCCAGGCAUAGCUUCUCAUCUCGGGUUCGGGGGCAAAAAGACCAGUGCGGCGCAAAUGCAGCUAGCGCAGUACCCAGGCCGAGCUAGUCAAUUAUCUCCCGGCGGGGAUACCGUGGACACGGCAAGCCCCCUGGACACAUACUCGUACACCGAGCAGUCGAAUUCGGUCUCAGCCGGCGAAGGAUCAUAUCAACAUCCGUAUGCUUCUGCUGAGGCUCCUCUACUUUCCGGAUCGAAUGGCUCACAGCCGGGCUUGACCUUCGAUCGGCAGGUAAAGCUGGUACCGCCGCCGCCUCUUUCGUCAUCUGCGACACCAAUGCUGGUCGGCCCGUUCGGCGCGGCGACGAGCCCAACUGUUAGCAGUCCACCGCCGCAGCCACUCAAGGUCGGCUUUCCAAUGUUGCCAGGAUCUGCAGAACGCUCCAUCGACUCCUCGCCUUUCAGCUUCGGUGGAAACCCGGGCUGCUCUCCAGGCGUGGAGAUUGUGCGCACUAGCCCCACGCGAAACUCAUGGGAACUGGUGCCCCCUGAAGCUGCGCCGUUGGCCGGCGACGCGCCAGGUAAGUAAUUCUAUUGAAGUUGAAGCUUGGAGAAAGACUAGAGAUGAAACUAGAAGAAGAAAAAUCCGCUCCUUCGAGCGAGAUGAGGAUCCGUUGCCAAUACACAAACACAGGUCCUCUGCCGUUUAUUGGCUCGCGCUACCCCUCAACCUCCAGUGGCAUGAGGCAAAAGAGCAUCCCAAUUGCGACCACUCCGCAGUUCACUGCUCCCUCCCAGAUCACCGCCCCGGAAUCGACGUAUGAGAUAGGAGCUGACCAAUCCAGGAAGGGAAAACGAACGUCGCACAGCGUCGAGAAACUUGCACUUGUCAACUACUGUGCAGCGCCUACAGGGACGGGAACGCGGGUACGUAUAUGUAUCGCUUCGUGUGCCUACGCUAGGUGCAUCCGCUGGUCUUCUUUGUCUCGUCUAGUAGAGGCUCACCAUGUUGGUUUGUCCUUAUGUUUGACUCGCGAGUUCGAGUUGUUCUAAACGUUUUUACGACUCAGGAGCGUGAUUUUCAAUCUCAUUUAAGUGAGGAUCGCCACUGCAAACAAGGCGACCCUAUUUUAACCCACAGACCCCGAACCACCUUGCCUGUCCGCCCGCCGUAACGCAAGUUCCCUCCUUCAGCAGAUCUUCCAGCAAGAGUAGCGCCGCCUUGGCGUCCGCGCAGCACAUGGUGCAAAACUUGUCGCCAACCUUCGGCGCAGCUGCCCCGCAGGACCUUGCGUUGCACGCAACGCGUUCCGGCAGCCCGGAUCCGUCUGGCCAUAUCCCGAGCUGGAGCGAUCUCGGAUCUGGCGCAGUUUCGCCGCCUCGCCCUAGUGCCCUUCCCGCACCGAUUCCCUAUUACAACGCGCCUGCAAGAAGAGCGACGCAGCCGAAUUUCACCUUCCGCGACGGCCAGAAGUCGCCCACGAUAGAACAAACCACAGUCGAAGUUGAUGUACCGGAGCCGCCAACCAACCCGGAUUUCUUUGCGCCCCAGACGACCGCAGCACGCCCAGCGCAAGACCAAAUAGUUGCUUCUGCUGCCAAGCCUACCUCCGUAACCUAUGCGGCCUGCUUCGGAGGCCCUAGUACUGCAGCGCGCGGCCCUGUUGUUCAACCGCUCAGUGUCACGAUGAGUUCGACCACCAGUUUGAGUGGGGUCGUGAGAUCAGCGCUCUCCUGCGGCUACGCCACUCCGGUGCGAUAUGCAGCUUCAUCCGCAAGCUCUGGAUUUCGUUCCCGGGGGAACAGCAGGUCGUACAAUUAUUUUCCUGCAUGUUCUACAUCUACUGCAAAUGCGGGUGGCCAUAGCAACACUAUUCCAGUCUCGGGCCCGCCGCAGAUCUCAGGAUCUGCCUUGCAGCUUGGUCAAAUUGGAGGCAUCGGUCUCGACGGCACGUCUCUCGGCCCAACGGGCUCCUCGUCUACGAGCACCAGAACGUAUUCGGUUGCCGGCUUCUGUCCUGGCCCGAUGUACCUCAAUGCUUGGCGCCAGCAGCCGGGGCCAUCAAGCAGCUUCGGGUUUACAACUGCGGUCCACGACCAGCAGCCGCACCUUCUUCAUCCAGCGACGUCAGCGCACACUUCCCACUAUGCCAGGCAAAAGAGCGCAGACCCCACUGGUCGUGCGGCAAUGCGGAGCACAUUACCGGCCAACUACACCCUCCCCACAGCCACGUCGCUGAACCGGGUGCGCUCCCCGCACCCCAGGGCUGCGGAGCAGCACUCUCCGCGCACAAGCGGAGACGGAGGGAAUACAGGCACCUCUUCGCGAGGCAAGUCCCGCCGGGGUUCCUCUGGAGCUUCGUCACUGUGCGGCCAAGUAGCCGGCAAUCGCGGUAUAUCCGGUUCGCACUCCGCUCGCCGAGUUUCGGACAAGACCGUGCGACCCGAUAUGCGGCUCGGGACCGUCGCAGUGGAAGCGCAGGUAUUGUGAGAUCAGUGAAACUUCUUCUUCUGCGGUAAGUGUAAGCGGGAUGACGAGACUGAAAACCACUGUUCAGUGUUUGGGCAUUUCUAUUGAUGUCUCGCUGUAGUUGUCUGUCACUAAAGUCGCUACAACAACUCAACCAAUAAAUAACAGAGCGCCGGGUCAUCGCGCGGACCCUCUGCUGGCCGCCGAAGUGCGAUAGAAAUACAGCAGAGAACGAUGGUACCACAGGAAAUGCCGUAUCCGGAAGAAUACCAGACAAGCCGUUGGAUGCCACCCGAUUACAUUGCCGUUCCUCAAGCGCCGGCUAUCGGGUUUCGUUGCUAGAAGAAGCCUUUUUUAGGUAUUUCUACUUUUUUUCCCGUGCGCCGCUCUGCGCCCUCUUCCCCGUACCUGCCCCUGUGCACGACGAGAAAACAAGCUGUGCGGGUGAACAACUCUACUCUGCACAUCGUGGGCAAAGAAAUGACUCAAAGAACCACCCGACCAGCUUAGCAGCGGCCUCCAAGAAGCUGCAACAACC